AUGCCUGGCGCCGACAAGAAACCCAAGACCUUGUAUGACAAGGUCUUGGAUCAUCACAUCGUCAAUGAGCAGGAGGAUGGUACUAUUCUGCUGUAUAUCGCUCCUGUAGACAGACACCUCGUUCACGAAGUGACUUCUCCACAAGCUUUCGAAGGCCUGAAAAAUGCUGGUCGUAAGGUCCGCCGGCCGGACUGCACCCUGGUGACCGUGGAUCACAACAUCCCCACGUCCACCCGCAAAAACUUCAAGAAUGUCGAAGAAUUCAUCGAAGAAAACGACUCCCGUCUCCAGUGCACCACCCUCGAAGAGAAUGUCAAGGACUUCGGCCUCACAUAUUUCGGCAUGGGCGAUAAGCGUCAGGGUAUCGUCCACAUCAUCGGCCCUGAGCAGGGUUUCACCCUACCCGGAACCACCGUCGUCUGUGGUGACAGCCACACCUCUACCCAUGGUGCCUUUGGUGCUCUCGCCUUCGGUAUCGGUACCAGUGAGGUCGAGCACGUUCUGGCCACCCAGACCCUGAUCACCCGGCGCAGCAAGAACAUGCGCAUCCAGGUCGAUGGGGAGCUGCCUCCCGGCGUCACCAGCAAGGACGUCGUCCUGCACAUCAUCGGCGUCAUCGGUACUGCCGGAGGUACCGGUUGUGUCAUUGAGUUCUGCGGAUCCGUCAUUCGCGGCCUCAGCAUGGAGGCCCGUAUGUCCAUCUGUAACAUGUCCAUUGAGGCGGGUGCGCGUGCUGGCAUGAUCGCACCGGACCAGAUCACCUUUGACUACCUGAAGGGCCGUCCCCUGGCCCCCAAGUACGGCAGCGCCGAGUGGAACAAGGCCGUGAACUUUUGGUCUAGCCUGGCCUCCGACGAGGGCGCCGUCUAUGACAAGACCGUUCUACUGGACGGCAAGGAUAUCAUCCCCACCCUCACCUGGGGUACCUCCCCUCAGGAUGUCAUUCCCAUCACUGGCGUCGUCCCUGGGCCCGACGACUUCGAGGAUGAGAACCGCAAGCUUGCUUGCAAACGCGCCCUCGAGUACAUGGGUCUGACGGCCGGUACCCCGAUGAAGGAGAUUCCCGUGGACAAGGUCUUCAUUGGCUCCUGCACCAACGCGCGUAUCGAGGAUCUGCGCGCCGCUUCCAAGGUUGUCCGGGGCAAGAAGAUCGCCGCCAACAUCAAGCGUGCCAUGGUCGUCCCCGGUUCCGGUCUUGUCAAGCAACAGGCCGAGGCUGAGGGUCUCGACAAGAUCUUUGUCGACGCCGGUUUCGAGUGGAGAGAGGCCGGUUGCUCCAUGUGUCUGGGUAUGAACCCGGAUAUCCUCUCCCCCCAGGAGCGCUGCGCCAGUACCUCCAACCGGAACUUCGAGGGUCGCCAGGGUGCCGGUGGCCGCACCCACCUCAUGUCUCCCGCCAUGGCGGCCACCGCCGCCAUCGUCGGAAAGCUGGCUGACGUCCGCGAGCACGUUGUUGCCAGCCCCGUCCUCGGCAAGGUCCAGCCCAAGGUUGACGUUCAGCAGACUCUGGAGGAGCCGGAGACGGAAGACGAGCUGGAGCGCAUCAUGGACAUGCCGGCCGACAAUGAGCCGCACGCCAACACCUCGAGCGCUGGCACCAGCGCCGGCCUGCCCAAGUUCACGACCCUGAAGGGCAUCGCGGCACCGAUGGAUCGCUCCAACGUCGACACCGACGCCAUCAUUCCCAAGCAGUUCCUCAAGACGAUCAAGCGCACGGGUCUCGGUAGCGCGCUCUUCUACGAGCUACGCUACAAGGACGGUCAGGAGAUCCCCGACUUCAUCCUCAACCAGGGCGUCUACCGCAACUCCAAGGUACUCGUGGUCACCGGCCCCAACUUUGGUUGCGGUAGCUCGCGUGAACACGCCCCCUGGGCCCUGCUCGACUUCGGCAUCAAGUGCAUCAUCGCCCCGUCCUUCGCCGACAUCUUCUUCAACAACACCUUCAAGAACGGCAUGCUCCCUGUCGUGAUCUCCAACGACGCCGAGCUGCAGAAGAUCGCCGCCGAGGCCAAGGCCGGCCGCGAGAUCGAGGUCGACCUCGUCAACCAGCAGGUCAAGGACGCUGAGGGCAACGUUCUCGCCGCGUUCGAGGUGGACGGCUUCCGCAAGCACUGCCUGAUCAACGGUCUCGAUGACAUCGGCCUCACCCUCCAGAUGGAGGACAAGAUUCGUACCUUCGAGACCAAGCGCACCCUUGAGACUCCCUGGCUGGAUGGCAGCGGCUAUCUCAAGCGUGGAAACCGCGGUCCCACCAUGGUCCAGGCCGCUCCCGUGCCCAAGACCAACCGCGGAGAUGUCAAGACGGAGCCUCUGGAGUGGUAG